AUGAGUUUCCUAAACGCGUUGGUGUCGCGAAGCUCCCAGGACGUGUCCCAACCCUCCGCUGCCAUGGAAGGUGCACGGUGCCCCAGCUGCGCCACGCCUUCUCCACCAUACCCUAGUUCACCAGAUGCACCCUUCAGCCCUCGGGCCACUGCAUAUGCGGCCUUCACGGCUUCAGCGCCCUCUGCGGCACCACCGCGCCGCGCAUCCCCCGCUCCCGAUGCUGGCGCUGCGGGCAUCACAACCCCUGCCGGCGCCGCAGCAAUGGCCACAGCCGCCGCCAGCGAACCGGCCGUGGCGGGGGCCCUUACAACCGCAGCCCCUGUGAUAAGGCCCAUCCUCUACUCGCCUGCAGGCGAUUCCUUGGAAAUGAUGCAAGGCAUGGCUCGGGAGCCCGCGGGCUGCGUGUCCUCUUCCUGUGGUGUGGAGUGUACGGCGGGAUACGUCACCACUUCCAAGAGCAGUUGCGGAGCGGGCAAGUCCGUGUCCCGGUGCUGUCCCUCCUCCGCGUACCCUGACGUGGUGGUUCUGGCGGACCGGGGAGUGGCCACCUGCUCCGUCACCGCCCCCCCGGGUAGCGCUCUGGACCUGUCGCUGCUGACGUCCACCUGGACCACGGCCAAGGAGCUGCUGGUGAUGCCGGGCGGCUCUCUGCAGCAGGUUCGCGAUCUUGGCGAGAUCGACAUGGCCUCCCCCGACCAGUUGGCCGCCUUCCUUCAGCGGUCCUUUGUGCGCUUCCCGCCCUCUACCACCACCUCCCCGUCGACUUCCUCCACCUCAAGUACGACAAGUACGACAACGACUCGGAAGUACGUGCUGGUGAUGUGGGACCACGGCAACGGCUGGAAGGGGUACGGCGUAGAUGACACGUGCUCCGCUAGCGGCGGUACCACCGGCUCCGGAUGCGACAUGUUUACCCUGACGUCUUUGGCUCAGGGAUUGGCGAAGGGACUUGCGGGGCAAGCCGUGUCGAAGCUCGACGUACUGGGCUUCGACGCCUGCCUAAUGUCAAUGUACGAAGUAGCUGGUGUGUUGGCGCCGUACACUCGUACAUUGCUUGCAUCUGAGAUGCUGGAGCCGGGCCAUGGCUGGGAUUACAGCGCAUUGGGUGCAAUGACGGCGGCGGCGUCGCCGCCAACGACGGAGACGGCGAUGGCGCAGAUCUGGAUUUCGCAGUACAAAGCCCAGGCGGUGUCGUACCAGACGUCGGGGGUUACGUUGGCAUUAUCGGAUUUGGACGUGGCGACGGCGCAGCUGGUGCCGGCGGUAAGCGCGCUGGCGGAUGCGCUGCGUACGGCACUGACAUCGAACAAUUCGUACGCGUCGGGGGUAUUGCGGCGGCGCAUUGCGAUGGCGGCUGUAGGUACGGGUGACCAGGAGAGCGCCGUGGAUCUGGGCAGCAUGCUGAAAGAGUUCCGCCAGGCUUCGUCGGAGCUCGACGCCGCCUCCCUCGCCGCCGCCACCGCCGCCGCCGCCGCCUACAACGCCACCCUACUGGCGUUCGGCCGUGACGACGCCAUGCCGUACGGCACCGGCGUCGCAAUCUACUUUCCCGCCCAGGUGGCAAAGAUGGAUGCGGACUAUCUGAGCCUGACGUCAUCGUCGACGUCGUCGUCGUCGUCGGGGGUAUUGGCGGCUGUCGCUGGUCGCUGGGCCGCGUUCCUGGCGGCGCUGUACAACGCUUCCGUCGCCGUCGCCAGUACCGAGACGAGCUUUAGCUUCCUCCAGGGCUCCGCUGCAUCCGUGCCGUACAUUGACGUGGCGUCGGGUUCGUACGUACUGCAGGGUGUGCUGAACAGUCCCCUGGCGCUGUCGGCGCAGUCGUACUACGGGUUUGUUGACGCAACCGACAAUUCGUACGUGCUAGCGGGCUCUCAGCCCGCCGUAGUGCAAGGCCUCAGCGUCCUUGGCACCUGGCGGCGUCUCUUGUGGGGGCUUCUCGCUUCCUCAGCAACCGACACAACUGCUUCUGCAACCGCCACCACAACCGCCACCUCCACGUCGGCCCUCAUGUUCGCUGCGGAAAGCUGGACGACUACCGCAGACGGUUCAACUGCCGUGUCCGUGUCAUUAACCGCCAACGUGCGGUACGGCGAUUCGUGCAGCUCCCCUCGCAGCACCAUGUUAUCUGCCGUACUGAAGUACACGUACCGUUUCGGCAGUAGCAGCGCCACGCUGCAGCUGUUUGCGCAGCAACAAUCCGGUGGCGCAUACGGCGAGGUUUCGGUGCAAGCGGGCGGCGUGAUCGUGCCGAUGAUGUACAAGCUGCCAAAGGACUUUUCGGGGCCCCAAUCAGUGACGUACGAGUACAGCGGCUGCCUCAAGUGGGGUUAUAACGGCACUGUACGGGUGGUGGUUGUGGGGAUGGACGACGCCGCCGACACGCUGGGUGUGGAUGUCCGAGAGGACAUGCUCAUGUUCCUCAUGGCCAGGGACCUGUCGCUGUACCCGCGGGGCCCUUGGUGCCCCGUACUGCCGGGCUCGUGUACACAGCCGGACAAGGCAUCAGGCAACAUCACCAGCGCCGACAACCCCUUUGACUACUGCUCCGCCAGUCAUACAUUGUCGGGCUGUUCGUGCGCCGAUAAGUACGGCGCCGGCGGCAGCUUUGCGUACGGCACAUGCUACCGUGGCGACACCCGAGCUGUAACCCGGGGGGCGUGGUGUACAGUGAACAGCUCCACCUGCCCCACGUCGUACCGAGCGCACGGCAGUACGGACACGUCGUACGACUACUGCGAGACGCCGACCGUGGAGGGCUGUUUCUGCAUCAACAGUUGGACGUACAACGGUGUGACGUACAACGGCACGUGUGCCACUGGGUUUUACCCCGACCUCCCCCCGGAGGGCUUCACCAACACCAGCCGCUGGUGCCGACUGGGUGGUCGCCGUAUCGGGCUGUGCAGUCCCGCAGUGCCUCGCCAGGUAGUUAGCCCCGCCAACGCCUCCUGCGUGGUGCCAACUGCCGUGUCCGGUGGGGUGGUUGUGUACGACUGCGUACCCUGGCGCAACGGUCCCGCAAGCGCUGACCGUGCCGACGGCCUCGCAAACCCCGUGUGCCCCGUGGACGCGGCGGGCAGUACCUUUGGAACGUGCGUGGCAAGGAGCUGUACGGCAUUGGACAUGUCGGCAUGCCCCUCCACGCUGCCUCAGUCCACUCCUCAACUCCAGUCCAGUGCCUGGCUGUCAAGAUCCUGUCUCGUACAGUUGUGCUCUGCCGUACUCGUCAGUGGCGACAACACCACAUGUGCGGCGGAUGGCGCCCGAGCCGCCGCCGCCUUUGCCCAGCUCAACGGAAGCGCGACGGCGGCGGAUGUGAUGAGUAGCACUUACUUGGCAACCUCCCUGGAAGCGUUCUGUACGACAUUACGCGGUACGGAUUGCCUGCCGUCCCUCAUGUUGCCCGCCUGCCCUGCCAUCCGCCUCAACGGUACCGCCAUGUACGACACGGCGUACGUGGACGACAGCAGUACGAGAAAUCUAUGCCGUGCGGAUUGCCUCAAGGCGCUUUGCACCGUGGCGAGUACACGUUGUGCUCGUACACUGCUGGUGGAGUCCCUCCGUAUGACGCUGCUUGAGGCCAUGGACGCCAACACCGGCACCAGCGCCAGCACCAGCACUCCUAUACCCCUGACCAGUCUGACCUCCGCACUUCUGUGCCCCCAGCUGAGUGCGCCCGAUGCCACCUGCGCACCGCUCACGUCCUUGGGGGGCCCAUCAGGCACCAUUUCUUUGAGCCCUGUGGCCGGCACCUCACAAUACGCUCCCCUGACUAACUGCACAUGGCGUAUAAGUCCCGGCGGACUGUCGUACAUCGUUCUUACGUUUUCGGCCUUUAGUACGGAAGCCCUGUACGACACCCUGUUGGUGGAGGACGCCGAUGGCCCGGUGGCUGUGUUGUCGGGGGAGACGGGAGGCGAUCUGCCGGGUCCGUUGGUUACUGACACAGGCCUGCUGGUGCUGACCUUCACUUCAGACAGCUCCAUUCAGUUGUCGGGGUUCACCGCCACCUACACUGCCACCACCACACGCGAACUGCCCAUACCCACAUGUGGUCCCAGGCAGAAGCUCGCGAAGUUCACCAUGCGCACCGGCAACUACGGCAACGAGGACAGUUGGGUGGUUGGCGGUUACCGUUGGAUCUCGUCUUCCAAUGGUAGCAGUAGCAGUAGCAGCGGAGGAAUGCAGCGCAUUAUGUUGGCGGCCGGCGGGCAGCUGCCGGCUACAGCCUACACGCUGUUUCCUUCUAGCAACGUCUCGCUCGUCUCAACCGACUCGCAGUACCGAAAUAACAGGUCGUACACCACCUACGGCUGCUUGCCCACGGGCCUCUCCAUGCUGUACAUGUACGACGGGUACGGCGAUGGUUGGACGGGCGGCUCCCUGGCAGUGUCGUACAUGCCGACACCCAACACGUCGUACCUGUUGCUGAACGCCACAGUAUCCAGUCUCAACUUGACACUGCCGCUGCAGAUCCUCACCACCAUGCCUGAAACCGCAGCCGGCUACUCGAGUGCAUUAGCCAGCAACAAGGGCAGCUCAGGUCAGUUCAGUGUCAGAUUCACAUUGCGAAUCUCCGGAGAGCUGGCGGGGACGUCAGCACUGAGUGAGCUCAAGCAACUCGUCCUGCGCGGCGCUAUCUCUGCCGUACUGUCGAUUGACAUCACCGCCGUCGCGGUUCAGUCCAUGGCGGCGGCGGCGGGUGCCGGCCGCCGUAUAUCCCUGGAGGAUUCCGUAUCCUUUGCCGCCACCGCCGCCACCGCCGCGACUGACGGCGAUGAUGAUGGUAGCGCCGCUGCUGUUGCUAUGGGCCUUGUGACCAGCGGCGUCGACGCACAUGCUACAUCAGACGUCCCGUCAUCGUCAUUGCCGUUGUCGUCGACGGCGACAGCGGCGGCGACAGACGAAACUCGAAGCCCCGCCGGUGAGCUGGCGCUGGCGGUAGCGGCUGCGGACGACCAGGAACCACAAGAACAGGGGACAGACCAAGAGCAACAGCGCCGGAUGGCUAUAGCUGCGGAGGUGGCGGCGGAGGUGGCGGCGGAGGUGGCGGAGGUUGAGGAGGAGGAGGAAGAAGUUGAUGGGGCUCCCGAGGAAUUAAGUCCUCCCUUUCACGGGCCUGGAGUGGUGGAGGCGCUGCUGGCGAGGGCUCGGGAUCUGGGUCUGCGACCGAUGGAAGCAGCGGAGGCGGCGGCGACGGCAACGCAGCGGCGGCGGCGGCAGCGGCGGCGGGGACGUGUCCUGCAGGGGAUCCAGCUGACGGAGCUGUUGUCGGAGCAGCGCUCGGCGGGAUCUAACCUGGCGGAGGUGGUUUCCGUACAGCAGCCGCACGUGUUGUGGAACAAGGACUCUACGGCGGCGACGGAAACGGCACCGGCGACAGAGCCAAGCUCAUCAGCGGCGGCGGCAGCGGCGGGAGGGGCCGCGGCGAAAAUCAGCACGCCUGUUCCCGCUGAGUCAUCGGAUUACGAAGCAAGUGGCAGUGACGGCAGUAGCAAUACUGGCGGCAGUAGCAUUCCGGAGGUUCCGCCUGGAUACACUGUAUUGCUUAACGGCCUGAUGGUGGAUCCUGACGGAGUUCCUGUCGUACGCAAAGCCGGAUCCAGUGUGGGAGACGCCGCCGCCGCUGGCGGUGACGGUGGCGACGGGACUACUGUUCCCAGGACGCUCAUUUCGGUCGCAGCGGACUCCGCCGCCGCCGCCGCCGCCACCGUCUCCGCCGCUGCAGCCGCUGGCAGCCUGGUCGUACGGCAGGCCCCCGCACUGGAGGCCAUGGAGGAGGUGGUUGCCGCCAUGCGCCGUAACGCAGAGAACGCCAUCCCAGCAGCUGCGGUGGCGGCGGCGGCGGCAGCGCAGCGGCAGCAAGGUAGCGGCAGCGGCCGCAACGGCGGCCGUACGCCGGUACCGGCUCUGCAGCGGCUGCUGCCGGAGCUGUUGCGGCACGGCGCACAGCACCUAGCGGCUAUGGCAUUGGCUACAGCCGACGGCAGGGCUACAGCUGAAGGCGGCGGCGGCAGCGACGGCGCUCCUGCCGGAGUGGCCGUCGCUGGCGGCGGCGGCGGCGACGGCGACGGCCGUGACGGCGAUGGAAUCUUGGCGCCACGUGGCCAUUCGGGUUAUCGGAAUCGAGCGGCGGGGACCCAUGGCAGCGGGGGGCCAGUCUUGCGGGCGGCCGCCGCCCGCGAUAACGCCGCCGCCAGGGGCGUCAGCGCUGCCGCCGGUGCUGCCGCCAGGGCCGACAAGAUUGCGGCCAUUGUGGCGGCGGCAACGGCGGCGGAGCUGCAGCCGGCGGCAGUUGCAGCGGCGACGGCGGCGGCCGAGCUGGCGGCAACAACUGCCGCCACCUCCGCCGCCGCCGCCGUCAAGGCGUCGCUGGUGGACAUCAAGUUAGAUGCAGCCGCAACGUUGGUGCCUGUGCCUGUGCAGGAGGAGGGGGGCGACGACGACGGCGACGGCGACGAGGACGAAGAGGACGAGGAGGUGUCCAGCCGCCGCCCCCUCCGCCACCGCAGGCGGCUGCAGCAGUCCUCUUCAUCUUCCGCGGCGGUGGAUGUCGUGCUGGUGGCGACGGGGUACGGCACUCAGGCUGGCGCGGAGGCGGCAGCGGCCAAGGUGCAGUCCGCGGUGUCCGGGGGCGACCUCCGGGACAUCCUCGCUGACGUGGACUGGAGCGCCUCAGCGCCUGCCCUGCUGGGAACAGCCCAGGUUCUCAAGGGGGGUCAACCCCUCACGUCCUCUUCCGGCACCUCCGGCAUCAACUGGGCGAGAUGGGGCUUCAUAAUCGGGGCGGCAGCAGGCGGCGGUCUGGUACUGUUGCUGCUGGUGCUGCUCAUCGUCUAUGUCGUACGCCGUACCAGGGACAGCAGUGGACAACAGAAAACCAAGCCGCCGCCGGUUAAGACGAUCAAGGUGGCGCCGGCGCCGCAGUCGGCGGCGGCGGCGGAUGCGGCGGAUGGGCAGCAGGGCCGCGCCUCCAAGACACAACUCAAAGCGGAAGAGGAAAUCAAAGCCAAGGCACAGAUGCAGAUGGAAAUGGCGGCGAGAAUGGAGAUGCAGCAGCAGCAGCACGAGGAGCUGAUGUUGCGGCGGCAGCAGAUGCAGAUGAUGAUGAUGCGGCAGCAGAUGGGCACAAGGGGGUCGGCGGUGCUGCCCGGGCCGCCAGCGGCUGCGGCGGCUGCGGCUGGUACUGGUGGUGGUGGUGGUGGUGGUGGUGGCGGCGGCGGCGGUGGUUCGUGGCGGUCGGGCGCGGUGCCGGCGGCAGCGGGUAUGGGCGCUCCUGGGGCGGCACCGGUGGGCCCGUGGAUGAACUCCGCAAGGGCGGCACCCGUGGCUGGAGCCGCCAGGGCUGCGGGUGGAGCACCGGCGCUGCCGACAGGUGCAACCACGCCCGUCACGCCAAUGUACGGCGCCGGCAUUCCAGGAAUGUCGCACCCGUCGCAAGGCAUGAUGGACCCGUACACGAUGGCGGCAAUGGAUCCUUACGGCAUGAUGGGGCCAAUGGGUCCGUACGGCCCGUACGGUGACCCUUAUGGUUUUGGUGCAAUGGGGUACGAUCCGUACGGUGCAUACGGAGAUCCGUACGUGGGGGCAUACCCCGCACCGCCGGUACGGGGCAUCAAAGAACGCGUACGGAACGUCAAGUACGGGAUAACGUACGAUAUCGAUUGGCAUCGAUUGCUGUAG